AUGAGUACCGAAGCAAGUUACAACUCCGAAGUUACAUCCACUUUGCACGAAACCUUUGGAAACUAUAUUUCGAGACUAGGUGCUCCAAAUCAGUGCUCUUGUAGUAACGGACUUAAUGUAUUUCUUGGUUUAUUAUUAUUUAAUGUAAUGAUGUAUUUAUCAUACAUUAUAGGGAAAAAGGAAAUAUUCCAAAAACUUAAAUAUCAUGGAUAUUAUUAA